CCCAAACAUGACGAACACAACAGAAGCUCUUUGUGAAGUCCCAGCAAAUGAAGUUUUCAUAUUUGCAUACUCGCUUGUGUUUCUCGUCAGUCUGGUUCUGAACUGCUUUCCAUUGGCCGUGCAUUUCUGCUCAGAUCAGCGUGUCCAGUCCAGCAUCACAGUCUACAUGAAUAACCUCAUUGCAGCUGACUUCUUCCUUUGCCUUUCCUUACUUUUGCGGAUUGCAUCCUAUGCCGACUCUACAAUAAUGAUGUUUAAUAUUUACUGCAGCUUUGGAGCAACAGCCUUUUACAUCAACAUGUAUGCAAGCAUUCUCUUCAUGGAAUUCAUAGCAAUAAACAGGUACCUGAAGAUUGUCCGGCCAUUGGAGACUCAUACUCUGCAGACAGUUCGUACUGCCCGCUACAUUUCUGGAGCUAUUUGGUUCGUCUUGUUAGCUAUAUCAUCUAUUUAUGUGAUCCUCUAUCUCAGCACCUCCUGGUCUAAAACAAAGCCUGAGGUGUUUAUCUGUGAUUUCCAGGACAGUUCCCAGAUCAGUGCGGCAUACACCUCUGUCCAUUCUGCAAGCUUUGUCAUUUUCAUUUUUAUUCUGGUCUCUCUGAUUUUUUUAUACUGGAAGACUCUUCAAAAGCUCAGGGAAGUUCAGUUGUCUACACAGGCUGAAUUCAACAGGCAAAAAUUCAGAAAAUCUAAGCAAAACAUGCUAGUGCUAGUGGUCAUUUUCUGCGUGUGCUUUGUGCCCUAUCACCUAGUAAGACUACCCUACAUAUUCAUCAGACACUUACUGAAUGACUGUACAUCAAUUCAAGCAUUGCACAUCCUAAAAGAGGUGACAGCCCUGCUUGCAGCACUGAAUGUCUCAUUGGAUCCACUUAUUUACUUUUUCUUUUGCAAGGCAUUUAGAGACAAGGUUAACUUAAUUAGUUGUCAAAACUGUCCAUAAAUAAGGGACAUAUUAUUUAGGUAUGUGUCUGUAAUGUUGAGAGGAGAUUGUUUUCGGACGAGUUCCCAAGCAUUACCACUUCUUUGUCUCUGUUACGAUCGCACUUCAUUACAGGAUUGAAUAAAUGAGUGUUGACUAUGGCUUGACAUUGACACCCACUUACCCGCCAAAUGUGGGUAGAUUUUAGCUGUGGUAAGUUAGGCAGCCAUACUGGACUUGGGCCAAAUAUUCUGAGCAUGAAGCCUUCAUCUUAGACAACACGCCAACCAAGCUUAUUCUUUAACCUCUUCAUAUAAGUGGGAACUCGUUAACUGCACUGUUCAAACUGAAUGAUCUACACUGCCUGAUAGAGAUAUAAAGUGGGUUUCACAACUAACAAGUAUUUCUGGAUUAAAUCACAUUCUUCCACCCCAUAUCUUUAAAUAUGAACAUUUACUUUGCCACAGUAUUCUAUAGGUUUCAGUGCAUUAUUGCAGCUCUUUAAGACACUUCCAUGUAAAUUUAUGCUCAUUUCAUUUUAUACUUGACCAACUUGAAUAAAGGCUUAUUUAUAGUCUAUUUCAAGGGCUGUUCUCUUAUGUUGUGUCACACCAGACGCGGAACACGCGUCAAUCGCGAGUGAUUUACAUGUUGACAUCCUGCGGCGCGAUCCGCGCAGAGCGAAUAACGCGAAUGGCGUGGUGCGAAUAGCACGAUACGAGCUAGGUGAAUUGAGCGUUUUGCGCGUUUGACGCACUUAACGAGCGUUUCGCGCAA